UCUCUCUUCUUCUUCUUCCUCCUCCCCCAAGCUUAGAAGCAAGCAUCGCGACAAAAUCAAAGGGACCGAGAGAAAGCUCACAUUUUUGAUCGUUUCCCUCUGAUGUUUAGUUCCGGGUUUCUUCUCGUUUUCUCAGUGACAUGCCGAUUGCAAUGUUGGCUUGAUUUUCACAAAUCGAUUGUCUUUUAAGUAGGAGUUUGAAAAUUGCAGAAACCCUUUUUGAUCUUCUGUGUUGUGUGUAUUUGUGAACAAUGUGGGUUCGAUUCUUGCGAUAGAAGAGUACCAACACUGUCUUCUUCAAGCGUAAUGGACCUUUGACAUUUUAAUGAAAAUUUUGUUUUUGCUUUGAACUAGCUACUUGAAUGGGUUUCUGCUUUCUGCUUUUAUGGCCUCACUGGGUUCAUUGAUAUCUAACCCCAUUUGCUGGAACCGAAGACAUGAGUCUGUGUAGCGAUGGAUUAUCGGAAGAUCAGUACUUCUUGGUUAACUUCAUCAUGAGCAAUUAUCUGGGUCCUGAUGUGUAUUCUGAUAACCCGAGAUGUUCAGCUUCUCAGAGAUUAGCUAAAGGUUUACCACCUUACACUUUGAUGCACGUUGGAUCUUCCUCUCUCACUGUCGCGCAGCUACAGAACCUCUACUAUAACGUACUGAGAAACGCCAAGUCCAGCCUCCUUCUCCAUCCGGACAUGAUCUAUAUGUAUCUCAAGGGAUAUCUACCUAUGGAACCCAUUGGAAAGUUUCCUCAGUUCACAUCUUUUUUCCCCAUGAAUCUUCACCAGCAGAAAAGGUAUUCCCAGAGCCACGAGAUUGUGAAAGGGAUUGUUGUUAUCGAUGACCCUGCAGUGGACUUCAUAAGCAAGGAAACACUUCAAAGAUUCAGAUCCUUGUCGCAUUUGAACGACCUGAAAAUCGAUAGAGUCAUGUCUUUAUCUCCUCGGCGUGUGCUACUGGAUGAGAGCCUGGAAAUGGAGCAGGACUGUUCAAGAAAUGGGGAAGCGACAUCUAAUGGACUUCUCAGUAGUGAAGACUACAAUUCAUCUGGAGAGCCUCGGGAAACGUGCGAGCGGAAGAAAGAGGAAGAAGCAGUUGUUAGUUGCCUGAUCAAUAAACCAGUUGGACUUUCGGUGGACAUACCAGAAAGCCAGGGAGUGGUGCAGGAUUUCUCAAGAAACGAAGGAACAGUAUCCAAUGGAAUUGUCUCUGACCAAGACUUCUACUCAUUUGUAGAGCUUCGAGAAACAUGCAAGCGAAAGAAAGAGGAAGAAGAAGCAGUUGUUGGUCUUGCUGUUUCUGGAGUGAGUAAAACCCCUGAAAGAUUUAAGGAGACAUACCAGAGAAAACGGUUCAAGAACUCACCAAAAAAGGUAACAAACAAGAAUGGCGAAGCUCUUAUGGAAAGAGAUCAAACAGAUAAACCCACCAGUCAGGCAGUUUUACCUGCUCCUCCUGUCAUGAAGGAACGUGAUGCAGAAGCAUCGAUUGUCACUACCGGAACAGCCAGUAAACAAAAGCUAGGACCAUCUGUUGGUGUUGUUGACAUUGGUGUCAAUAAAGUUGCUUACUUCUUUCAAGUUGCUUUGCCUGGUGUCCGCAAAGAUUACGGUGAAUUCAGCUGUGAGAUUGAAUCAGAUGGUAAGGUGAUAAUUGAGGGAUCUACUACGACAGGCGAGAAAACGAUCAAGAGGCAUUCUCGGGUUUUCGAGAUGAAUAUCCGGAAGCUGAGUCCCCCUGGACCGUUCAAGCUGUGCUUUAGCCUCCCAGGACCAGUUGAUCCGCGGCUAUUCUCUCCUAAUUUCCGAUCAGAUGGUAUCUUCGAGGCUGUCAUCAUCAGACACAAAAACUCCUAACUAAACCGGAGGUUCCUAAAAGUACGAGGUCUCUGUAAAUCUUUAUGUUAAUGGAUACAGAAGGUAGGCCAAUCAAACCGCAUGUAAGGACAGAUCAUUCACCCUAAGGUUAUCUUUUAGGACAUGACACCAUCGAUUUUUGCUUGCUCAUCAACUGAUCAUCUUUUAAGAUUGUGUCUUAAACUCACCGAAGCAGUAAUUUUGUUACUUACA